UAUGAUGGCAGCCCCUUCCGACGCGGCGGCGAGUCCUGAAGCAAGAGAGGCGAGACUGUCCCCAUGAGUUCUGCCGCGGAGGAUGUCCAUGAUCCUCUUUGCCUGCGUGGUGCGGGUAAGGGAUGGACUUCCUCUCUCGGCCUCCAGUGAUUUCCACCUAGACCCCCGUUUUUUGGAAUGCAGGAAGAGACUCAAGGUCCUGUCCUCCAUACUGACGCAGUAUCCAGAACGAGGCACAGCCAAAGAACGUGACCUCAGCAUACACUUCCACACUUCUGGGGGCGUCGCCUGCACCUGCAUUGCCGUCAGCAGUUACCCAGCUGUGAUGGCCUUCUGUUUCCUGGAAGAGCUUCGGUGUAAAUUCGCCACGUCCUACAAUGCCACCAGUGUCAGCCUGGCUUCCAGGCCGUAUGUUUUCCUUGAAUUUGACAGUGUCGUCCAGAAAACCAAAAACCAGUUCAAUCACACCAACUGCGCUCAGCCAAAGAUCGACGUGGCAAAGAUGCAGGAGGACCUCCGCUUGCGACCUCCCGCCCUGGUCACCUGGGAAGACAUGGAAUUGAUGAACGGGAUAGUGAACGGCCGGGCGGAAGCUGACCUGGAGACAGCUCCUGCUUGCCGGAUGCAGCCAGUCUCUCCUUUGGGGAUCCUCUCCCUCGUCCUCAACAUCAUGUGUGGGGCACUCAACCUUAUUCGAGGGGUACAUCUGGCAGAGUAUUCAUUGCAGGAAGAUCACCAAGAAAUUGGAAACAUCAUAGCGUUUCUGCUGCCUUUCAUGUCCUGCUUCGGUUUGUGUUACCUCUACUUAUUCUACACUUCCGCCCGGAAGAUCAAAGUCUUCAUCCUGUUUGCGACAGUCUGUCUCUGCAACGUCUACCUGUACGGAUUACGAAACAACUGGCAAAUCCUCUUCCACAUCGCCGUUGCGUCCCUUUCUUCUCACCAGAUCCUAACCCGGCAGGUGGCUGAGAAACAGCCGGAUUUAGGGGUGUGAAAAAGGACUCCCUGCAUCCCAAGCGGGAUGUUUAAAAA